GGGUCUUCACCCCACCUGGGGCUCGCUGUGGGGGGCCUGCGCAACCUCCACCGGUCACCAGAAGCCGUUGGUGGGGGUGAAGCCCCCAGGGCCGGCCCGAAGCCCGCGUGCCAGGACAGCCACCCCUGCUCCGAAAUACAGCAGCGCUGGGAAGACCAGGAGGGAUGUUUCUCCGCAUUAUUAUUAUUAUUAUUACCUUUAACGCUCCGUCGUUGCCGCGCAGCAGAGAUGCGGGGCGGCAAAUUUCCCCAAACGGAAAGUUUCCCGUCGCUUUUAUUCGUGUUUCCCAUGGGAAAUUUCCGAAACGUCCCCGCUUUUUAAAAAAAAAAAAAAUGUGGGGAACGUCCCGCUUCUAAAAAUUCAGCGUUUCAUCAAAGGCAAUCGGGCCUCGUCGUAGAGACGGCGUCUUGUAUGACACCAACCGGGGUUUUUUUUACAAAUGAAUAAAUAAUUUAAUUGGGAGAAAUGGGCACAAACGCCCUCCGCGAGGCAUUGCAGAAAAGACUGUAACCCUUGUCCUGGGUGGGAACGAAAGUCCCCGUUUCGUAGGAUUUCACAGAGGAGUCGAGAGGUGGAAACUCGUCCGGGCGUAGCUUGUUUCGUACAAUUAAUUAGCAACAACGAACGGAUGCCCGUGCGAUACGAGGCAAGCUUGGCAGUUUCAAAGUUGUAACUUACAACAUUUAAGCCACCUUCAGUGUGCUGUAUUUAAUCUGUUUCCCCCUAAUCGGAUAUUUCAAAUACUUGUGGCUAUCGGGACAUAUAAAAGUAACAUGGGGGGUACUUUUCUUUAGUUUUUAGUUUACUAAACAGAAGUCCAAUAAACGUGCUAAAUCACAUCGUGCUGUAAUGCCAGAAAAUUGUCCGAUUCACCGUUUUCCAGAAAACCCACGUCUCUGCUGUGAAGACGGAAAGCUGGUCUAGAAGGUGUUCUCACGGCCGGGCUCGUGGCAGGGUUGAUGUCGUAGGACUCGAGCCAUAGACCUCAGGGCUCGGGGGUACAAAAGGUCCCAGCGUCCUUUUUGCAAUCGUUAGGAUGCUCAUACUGGCCCAAGUCCGUUCUGUGCAACUAUUCCCCAAUUUCUGCGUACAGCGCUGUAAUAAUAUUUGCUUAAUUUGCUGAAAAGUCAUCCACAAAUUCACAGACGUUUAGGGCUGGAAGAGGGACCUGGUGAAAUUAUUGACUUUAGGCAGGAAAAGCUGCUGUUACUGUUACUACUAUCCAAUAGUAAUAACGCGGGACACAUUUGAAAUGGUCACCAUAUAUCUCAUCGUGGUCCUUACCCUGAACCACGUCUUUCCGACGUCACCUCAGCAGUUUGUAUUCGGUUUUGCUUGGUGCCUUAUGUUGCGCUGAGGCCGAACUUGUCAACGUUUGCUUUCAUCUUUCUCACAGGUAUAAAUCUGAGCUAAACAAGUAGGGGGGAAAACCUGACCAUGUCUUCUGACAUAUCAGAAUAUACCAUUGGUGGCAUAAAGAUCCUCUUUCCUUGCAAAGCUUACCCGUCCCAGCUUGCUAUGAUGAAUGCAAUUGUAAAGGGGUUAAAUUCUAGGCAGCACUGUUUGCUGGAGAGCCCUACAGGAAGUGGUAAAAGUUUAGCCUUGCUUUGUUCUGCAUUGUCAUGGCAGCAAUCUUUAUAUGAGAAGUCAUUGGAUGAGUCUCCAUGUGAAAAGGAGUGCAAAAAGCCAGAGACCCCAUUGCCAUGUCUCUGCAGAUGCCAUUCUCAGCCAGGAACAAAUGACACCAGUGCGGAUGUGAACCAAGGUGCUUCUUGUUCCUUCAAUAACUGUAAAACUGCAGGUUCUGUUGGGAGUGAGACGCCAUCCAGCAACAAAGAACACAGUGCAAAAGCCACACUCUCUUCAAAAUUAUCUGCAAAGAAACGGGCAACUUUACAUGUAGAGGAAAAUGAUGAUUUUCAAGUAGACAGGAAAAGGAUUCGCUCAUUAGAAACCGAGCAGCAGAUGAGAAAACGUAAUAGUUUUGCAAAAGGAGUGCAGUUUGUUGAUGCUUUAGAAGUUUAUCAGCAGAAAAGAAAUGGGGAACUGACUGUUCGUUUAGACAACGUUGCUUCUUUAUCUCAGAAAACAUCUCCCAUCCUUUGUACUCAGUGUUCCUGUUCUUCGAAAGAAAAUGGUAAAGAUGCUAGUAAUACAAAGAGGAAGGAAAAUGGAGGACAGCCACUCAUCCCCAAAAUAUAUUUUGGAACUCGAACACACAAGCAAAUAGCUCAGAUUACUAGAGAGCUGCGAAGGACGGCAUACUCUGGCACCCGUAUGACAAUUCUUUCUAGCCGGGAUCAUACUUGCAUUCAUCCGAGGGUGUCCAGUAGUGGCAACAGGAACGAAAAAUGUGUAGAAUUGCUGGAAGGAAAACAUGGCAGCUCCUGUUCUUAUUACCAUAGUGUCCAUAAAUUAAGUGAGCAACAUACGCUACAGUUCGUACAUAAGAAGUGUCAGGCUUGGGACAUAGAAGAACUUGUGAGCCUGGGAAAGAAACUGCGUGCAUGUCCCUAUUUUGCAGCUCGAGAGCUCAUGUCGGGGGCAGAUAUUGUAUUUUGUCCUUACAACUACCUCCUAGACCCCCAGAUAAGAGAGAGCAUGGAAAUUAAGCUAAAAGGCCAGGUAGUUAUUUUAGAUGAAGCCCACAACAUUGAGGACUGUGCACGGGAGUCGGUUAGUUACAGCGUUACAGAAACCCAGCUGAGAUUUGCUCGUGAAGAACUGGAUUCCAUGGUCAACAACAACAUCAGACGGAAGGAUCAUGAGCCGCUGCGGGCUGUCUGUUGCAGUCUGGCAAACUGGUUACAGCAAACCUCUAGUCAGCUUACAGAAAGAGGGUAUGAAACCUCCUGUAAAGUUUGGACUGGAAAAGAAAUGCUCACCAUUUUGCAUUACAUGGGAAUAACCAAUGCUACAUUUCCCAUCUUACAGAAACAUUUUGCUGCCGUCCUUGAAAAGGAAGAAAAAGUAACAAGGUUCGAUGGUGGAGAGGAGCUUAUUGAGAUUCCCACUGUGAGUUCUGCCACUCAGUUUGUGCUAAAUGGACUAUUCAUGGUUCUUGCGUAUCUUUUUAAAGAUAACAGCAGAUUUGCAGAUGACUACAGAGUUGCUUUACAACAAACAUAUGUUUGGACAAAUGAAACCCAACUUGAUAUUUCAGAUAGAAAUGGCUUCUUUCCACAACCAAAACAUAAGCGGAGUUCAAGGCAGAAAACUCCAGUCCAUAUGCUUAACUUUUGGUGCUUGAAUCCAGCUGUGGCCUUUUCAGACUUAAGCGAUAAUGUUAGGACAAUUGUCCUAACAUCUGGUACACUCUCUCCAAUGGACUCAUUUUCUUCAGAACUUGGUGUAAAGUUUUCUAUCCAGCUUGAGGCAAAUCAUGUUAUUUCAAACUCACAGGUUUGGGUUGGUACCAUUGGAGCAGGCCCCAGCGGUCGGAAGUUAUGUGCCACAUUCCAACAUGCAGAGACUUUUGAAUUCCAGGACGAAGUGGGAGCACUUCUGCUUUCAGUAUGUCAUACUGUUGGCCAAGGGGUUUUGUGCUUUCUGCCAUCUUACAAGCUGUUGGACAAAUUAAAAGAUCGCUGGACACACACUGGCUUAUGGAGUAAUCUGGAGAUGGUUAAGACGGUCAUUGCAGAGCCUCAAGGAGGAGGCAAGGGUGACUUUGAUGAACUGCUGAAAAUAUACUAUGACGCAAUAAAGCAUAAAGGCGGAAAAGAUGGAGCACUCCUCAUGGCUGUAUGCAGAGGGAAAGUUAGUGAAGGCCUGGAUUUCUCUGAUGAAAAUGCCCGCGCUGUUAUAACUAUAGGUAUCCCAUUUCCAAAUGUGAAGGACCUUCAGGUUGAGCUGAAGAGGAAAUACAAUGACCAGCAUUCAAAGUUAAGAGGACUUUUACCAGGUAGCCAGUGGUAUGAAAUUCAAGCUUACAGAGCUCUCAACCAGGCUCUGGGCAGGUGUAUUCGACACAGGAAGGAUUGGGGUGCUCUUAUUUUAGUUGAUGACCGCUUCAGGAGUAAUCCUAAUAAAUAUAUAAGUGGAUUAUCAAAAUGGAUUCGUCAACAAAUCCAACACCAUGACAAGUUUGGAAAUGCGCUUGAAUCCUUGGGUGCAUUUGCUAAAAAAAAUCAGAAAGAAACUGAUUUAUCAUCCCAGUGUAAUAGUGAAUCUUUGCAUAUACCUUCAUGUUCAAAAGAGAUGCCAUCAGCUUCCUUAUUGGAGGCAACUCUUCAUCUGUCACCAUCUGUUUCUUUUGAAAGUCAGGUACAAAACGUGAAGCUCCCAGAAGCUCAUUCCCCUGCAGCUAUCAACACAAGUAAUCCUACAGCAUCCAGUCAGUCAAGUGAUGUCACGGCAACAAGGGAAAAAAGUGUUCAGACUUUUGGUGUAGAAAGUCCUGCUCACAAAACGCAACGGAAAGAAAAAGUGACAGACUCCAGACUAGACAAGAGAGAGAUUAAGAAGAGGAAUAGUUGGAGUAGUUCUGACCUGAUGAAAAAGUACUUCAGUAAGCCGUUGACUUCAACACCUCUCCCAGCAAACGAAAAUAAAUGCACGUCGAAGGCUAAGUGCAAUCAAGUAAAAAGCACUACUGAAACUAGUCAACCAGUUGUUGAUGGGCAACAGUGGCAGUCAUCAUCACUUACAGAACAUAUACCAAGCAGACCAGCCUCAAAGUUGGAAAAAUGUCAUUCCCCAGUAAAAAAGACUGAGGCUGCAACAGCUAUGGGGAAUUCUGGUGGACAGAAACUUUCCACUAAUGAAGCCAUAGAUCUAUGCGCUGAGUUAUCUUCAGUAGAAGGGAAAGUUGAACCUCUUAAUGUAGAUACAGAAGCAGAAGAUGAGGAUGAUAGUAUCUAUUUCACACCUGAGCUUUAUGAUGACAGAGAAUCGGAGGAACAGGCAAACAAACUCUUAGGUCAAACAUGCCAUAACACUGGGAAUCAGCUUGAACAUGGAGUCAGCAUUGUAGCUGAAGAUCUUUUUGAUAUCAGUACUUCAAAUAUAGUAAGCACGGUUGGAGAGAUGAGACAUAAUGAUCCCUUGGGCUCAGGAUUUCAUGGAGUAAUGCAGAGUGACAAGAGUAUCACUAGUGCAGUUAAUGAUUUUGCAAACAUUUCUAGUGUAAGGGAAGUGGAGCAGAUAAUAUCUCAGGAAAUGGACACUAAGACAAAAAAAAGUAAACUUUCCAGAUCACGAAACCAAGAACAAAUUUUUGACUCUUGGUGGAGCAAUAACAUCCAGCACCAGAUGAUUUCCUUUAUUAUAAUUGGAGCAUCAGCUGUCAUCUGACAAAACACUCAGCAAAGCCACUAGUUGCAUUGGACAGUGAUACCCAAGUUGUCUUUGGGGAGUGAAUCAGUAUCAGAUACGGAGAAACUCGUUUCACCUUGUUCUUCCUUUUGAACAUAAUGUUAUUUGGACCCUUCCUGGUCCCCAAAUUAUACUUGUGUUAUUUCUCCUUCGGCAGCACAUGCCCAAGGUCAGAUCUCUUUAAAAGGCUGUGAAGACUGCCCUGAAACAGGAUGUAGUUUUGGUCAAAAGAGAAUCCCUCAAUACUAUAUGUUUUUUUCUCAGUGAAAUCUUAAUCUCCCCAGGAAGUGGUUUCGGCUGCUGCAUCCGAAGAGUCAUACGGUUCUGUCCUUGAUUCUUUUGGUUACUCUCCUCAAUGCCACGUUACACCCUGGUCUGGACUUGUUCAAGUACUUGACUUACAUGAGUAGUCCCACUGACUUCAAUGGGAGUAUCAGGACGUAUUGGCCUCUCUCGGCUUAGAAAUAUUCUGGUUUAUUUCACAUUUGAGUACUCGCAUAUGUCCCUUACGUGGCUCUUCUCUGGCUCUCUUCUUUCACCCAAGGCUUUUCCUCUGCAGGCUUUGGGCCUACUUGCCCAAUCCCUCGUGCCCUUAUAUCGAGGAGGGAGAAAGUUGCAUAAAUGGUUAAUGCAAUGUAUCGAGAUGAGGGAAAAACAGAUGGCUGCUCUCUUAAUGGGGCUUCUCCACUUGAUCUCACAGAGAAAUCGGUCAUUGUCAGAGCUUCUCCAAGCUCAUUGAUUUUUCUUUGUAGCAGGAUUUAUUUGCUUUUGAAUCACUGCUGUGCUGUGUAUGCCAUACCUUUCACUGGGCUGCGUGUUUCACUGGUUUCUGAAGAGCUGCUCGUGUCAAGUUGCUAGGGAGAACUUGUCUUCUGUCAUGUUUCUCCAUUUGCCAAAUUAUUAGUAAGGAAGCAACUAAUAGAAUCCUGCUUAUCCUGUUCCUAAAAAAAUUAAGAGCACUGUUUAAAACUGUUCACAACUUGUAUGUAACAUGUUACGGUUAACUUUAAAAAGAGAGAUCAUUUUUUUCAUUUCAGUGUAUAGCAGCUACUUUUUAGAAAUAAAUAUUUUCAAAACUUU